AUGAACAAACAUUCGCAACAUUUGGAACUUGAUCGUGUGGAUAUUCACAAAUUGUUGGACGAUAUUGUGGAUAGUCCGGAAUUGUUUGGUUUGAAGAAUGCGCAUGAUUCUUAUUGGGACACUUGCCAAGGGUUAUGUGCGGACGAUAUCGAUUCGUAUGUGUGGUGGGACAAGACGCAUUUGACAGGAGGCGUGCACCGUUUGAUUGCCAAUAGUAUUUUAAAAGCGGGAUCGUUAGCACCAGAGACUUAUUUGGAGGAUUCGGUGAAUGUGCAAGAGCUGAUAAAUCAAACCACACAUACGAAAUUCAAGUCACCUAAAUAUAAAGGAGCAAAAAGCACGGGUGAAAUCAACAGAAUUAUUGAAAAACUAAAGCAAGAAAAGAAGGAAAAGGCAAAGGAAAACGAGGCGGAGGAAAUAGAGGAAAUGACUGCAUUAUCAGGUCUACUAAAAAACAAUAAGCCAGAUAGAGGAAGGUUUAUGCCGUUGCGUAAUAUGGAUUCUGAAGUCUAA